GGGAUGGGGCCGGGAGGGGGGAGGCUUUCUCUGCAGGUGAGAGUCUGCAGGCCCCCUCCCCAGGCUGGCUCCCCUGGCUCCAGAUGUCUGCGGGGGGUACAGAGGGAGGUGCUCGGGGCAAAGAGGAAGUGGCCAGACGGGGAAGCAGCAGUUACAGAGUGGAGGCAGGUGGAGCCCGCCCGCACAGAGCUGAGGGCCCACAGUCUGCGGCUGCACCAGGAUGAGCACCAAGGCAGGAGCCCCAGAGGUGCUGGGAGCGCUGGCUGUGCUGUGGCUUGGUGCCGUGACCCUGGCCUACCUCCUGUGGCCAGUGUACCUUCCUUCUACCUGGGGCCAGGUGCACCCUGAGGAGGGGCCCGCCAGGCCCUGGGGCCACGGCUCCAGCCCAGCCUGGGAGCCCUUGACAGGGGGGGCCCAGCAGCAGCAGAAGGACUCCUGCCGGCUCGUCCUCGUGGAAAGCAUCCCGCAGGACCUGCCCUCCGCAGCGGGCAGCCCGUCCGCCCAGCCCCUAGCCCAGGCCUGGAUGCAGCUGCUGGACGCCGCUCGAGAGACCGUCCACGUGGCUUCCUUCUACUGGUCCCUCACGGGGCCUGACAUCGGGGUCAAUGACUCAUCUUCCCAGCCGGGGGAGGCCCUUCUGAAGAAGCUGCAGCAACUGCUGGGCAGGAACGUCUCCCUGGCCGUGGCCACCAGCAGCCCGUCGCUGGUCAAGAAGUCCACUGACCUGCAGGUGCUGGCAGCCCAAGGUGCCCAGGUGCGGUACGUGCCCCUGGGGAAGCUCACCGGGGGCGUUCUGCAUUCCAAAUUCUGGGUCGUGGACGGACGGCACGUCUACCUGGGUAGUGCCAACAUGGACUGGCGGUCCCUGACGCAGGUGAAGGAGCUGGGCGCCAUCAUCUCCAACUGCAGCCGCCUGGCCAGGGACCUGGAGAAGACCUUCCAGACCUACUGGGAGCUGGGGGCGCCGGAGGCCGUGCUGCCCAGAGCCUGGCCUCGGAACCUCUCGGCCCACAUCAACCGCUUCCAGCCCCUCCGGGAGCGCUUUGAGGGGGUGCCCACCACCGCCUACUUCUCGGCCUCGCCCCCCGCACUCUGCCCGCACGGCCGCACCAGGGACCUGGAGGCGCUGCUGGCCGUGAUGGGGGGCGCCCGGGAGUUCAUCUACGCCUCGGUCAUGGAGUACUUCCCCACCACGCGCUUCAGCCACCCCGCCCGGUACUGGCCGGUGCUGGACACGGCCCUGCGGGCAGCGGCCUUCGACCGGGGUGUGCGCGUGCGCCUGCUGGUCAGCUGCUGGCCCCACACCGACCCCAGGAUGUUCCCUGGCCUGCGCUCCCUGCAGGCGCUCAGCGACCCCGCGGCCGGCGUCUCGGUGGACGUGAAAGUCUUCAUCGUGCCGCUGAGGAACCACUCCAACAUCCCGUUCAGCAGGGUCAACCACAGCAAGUUCAUGGUCACGGAGAAGGUCGCCUACAUAGGCACCUCCAACUGGUCGGAAGAUUACUUCAGCAGCACCUCGGGCGUGGGCCUGGUGGUCGGCCAGAGGGCCUCCCGCGCUCGGCCGGGGGCUCCCACUGUGCAGAAGCAGCUGCGGCGCCUGUUCGAGCGGGACUGGGACUCCCCCUAUGCUGUGGGCCUCGACGGACAAGCCCCGGGCCAGGACUGCGCAUGGCAGGGUUGAGGUCCGUCCGCACCGAUUCCCCGGCUCCGGGGCUCCCGCUGGCCGCCCCACCUGUCCCCACCCUCACGAGCUGCCCAAGGCCAUGACUUCCCAACACCUGGCAGGUGCAAACUGUUUGCUGGCCCUCAGCUCUCUGAACCAUCCCCAGUUAAACCUCACCUCCUCCAGAAGCCCGCCAGGAUGCUCCUCCCUGACCCACAGAGCCACAGUCCCCACCCACAAGGGAGGGCUUUAGAAUACACCUGCACCUUCCUGCCUCUCUGUGUGAGUCCCGCAUGGGCUGCACCCCCUCCCAUGGGCCCCGAGUCAGAGUUCAGCACCCCUGACCCUGUGAGGGUCCCAUGUCCACAUGGCUGCCAGGCGAGGCUGCUCUCUGCCUGUGUGCCAUGCCCAGUCCCCGCCCACAGGAACCAGGGGAUGGGGCAGGGCCGGGGGGGGCCAGGACAGGGGGACCCAGGGCUGUGAGGGCAGGUCCUGGAGAGAGGAGGUGGGCGCAGUGCUGCCGACGGCCCCUGGGACCAUGUGCUGGUCCUCAUGCGUAUGAGGGUCCAGGACUGCGGGUGGCAUCCAGAGAGCCUGGUUUUGAGCCCGGGAUGGGGGGUGGGGUGGGGACUUGGAUACAGACCUGCUGGAGGCGACCCCUCUGGGAGCCGCCCUGCAGAGGCAUGGUCUGGAUCCUGUCUGACGCCUCGGUUCUGGGCCUCCUGCUGGACCAGAGGCCUGUCUCGGUGCACCCUACCCCCACCCCAGUUUCUGGGCCCCCGGGCUGCGGCUGCCCUAGCCUGGAGCUUGGGGCUGACUCAGUGGUCCAAGGGCCACUGGAUGCCAAGUGAGCUAAGGCAUGGAUCCCAGGUCCCCCUCUCCCCACGUCUCGGGGUUCCUGUUCCUUGUCUCGCCAGGUCCUCGCUGCCCCGGAGAGAGCUGGGUGGGCCGGGUGGGGCACCUUACACAUCAGCGUCCUUGUCCGUGAUGAAGGUGCCCGAACCAGCCUGCCUCCCUGCCUGGCCUGCACUUCAGAUCCGUGCGGCCCUGCAAGGGGCCCGGGGCCUCUGGGAGCUGGUCUGGUGGGGCUGCACUUGACCAAGCCCACCCCAGAGGCCCUGGGCCCCUGCCCCGCCCACGUGCCGCCCGGUAGCUCCCCUCCGGUGCGGGCACCACCCACCCCCGCUCUGCUCCCCACCGCUGUGGUGUGGGUUUGCUCUCUGCGUCCUGUGUCAGAGCACGCAGCCAGUCCCCAGGCUUUGUGCUCCAGGCCAUGCUGGAUGAACACGUACAAAGGCCAUGGUCAAAGGCCCAGUGGCCGUCAGCUACACCUCAAAUGGGAGAUCCAGCUCAAUGAGGCUCAGGAGGUGCCCCGGGGGCCCUUCUGAGGUGUGGUGGACAGACCCUCACGCCCUGCCUGCUGGCACCCACACCCUUACAGGACCCCCUCCCCUUGGGGGCGGGCAAGACCUGCCUUUGCUCAUAGCCAAUCGGAUACACCGAGGCGGCCGCGUGUCACUUCUGUGAUUAUGUGACAUAAACUUGUACCGGGUCUUG